AUGAACCCACUGAACAUUGAAGAGUACCAUGAUGAGGAUGUGUUUAACCCGGAUAACAACAACAACAAUAUCCAUAAUGUUGGGUUCCUGGAUGAGAAUGUAGAAGACGUGAUCCGAGAACCAAUGAUGCUCCGUGUCUGCGGGAUCCCGUUGCGACGAAAGGCUGUAUGGGUAGCAGCAACGGUGAUUCUGUUGGUCGUCGUCAUUGGCCUUGUGGGAUUUUCUGCUUCAGACAAACCAAUAUCCAACCAGACUGUGGAGCUAUUGGGUACAAUAUAUGAUGUCUCCAACACGACAGUCAUUCAAUUGGCGCAAGGGACAAGUCAUGAGUCUCCCAAUAAUAGCAACGGAAAUACGACGAUUCCCACAGAAAUUGGACUUUUCACAAAAUUGACCCAAUUGGAACUCACUCACAUGUCCACAUUGUCCGGUAGUAUCGUCACCGAGCUGGGGUUAUUGACUCAGCUGACAUCGUUGGAUUUGGGGGCCAAUCAAUUAUCCGGCAGCAUUCCUCCAACCAUUAUUGCAUCUCUCACGGCGCUCCAAGCACUCUCCUUGUGGGGCAACCAACUCACCAAUCGUAUCCCCACCGAAGUGGGAUCUCUAACCGCCUUGACGGGGUUGUACUUGAGUGAAAACCAAUUGUCCAAGAAUAUCCCUACUGAAAUUGGUGCUUUGACGGAUUUGUCAAAAUUGGACAUGUACAGCAACCACUUGUCCAGUAGUAUCCCCUCGGAGAUUGGGGCACUGACUCAUGUGGCAGAAAUAAAACUCUACAAGAACCGGUUGUCUGGAAGCAUUCCUUCGGAAAUCGGAGCCCUAUCGGCGCUAUUGACCAAACUGGCACUCAACUACAAUACACUGUCCGGCACUCUUCCUUCGGAAAUUGGAUCAUUAUCCGCUUUUGUUCCAACAACAACACUAUUGCGAGUUCUUCGUUGCGAAUACGAGUGGAUUGUGAACCAGCUCCAUUCCCUGUGGAAUGCACUUGUGGUGGUGGUGGUGGCGUUCAUUGUCAAUGUGGUAUUUGACGAUGAUGACGGAAUGAAGUGA